CCUUCUAGUCAGUCACUCUCAAGAACCCGUUCGGCGGGAAACCCACAAGGGACCGCAGAAGCCGAGAAGAAGAAGAAGAAGAACAUCUUUCUCUGCGUUCUUCUUCUUCCCUUAUUCUGCACGAGAAUGCAACGGUUACUAUCGUCGUCGCCGGCUCUUUUUUCAUUGCCUCGUCUGAAGGCGGUCUGCUUUCUAUUCUGCCUCUCGCGGCAGCAUUCUUACGUUGUUCAUUCUCCUCGACGGCACCUGCGAUCUGAUUGUUCGGCUGGGGCACAAAAAUUGACGAGGGAAGUAUUCAAGACAACAAAGAGGAACAAAGAUUCAGGGACGGUUCUGCGAGGGGAGGAUCAUCCGCACCUUAUCUGGUGGCAAGAGAGGAUGCAGAUGUGCAAGAAACCAUCUUCUUGUCAGUUAAUCAAAAGGCUAUCGUAUACCAAUCUUCUUGGAUUGGAUCCUUCUCUCAAGAAUGGAAGCUUGAAGGAAGGGACACUUAAUUCGGAGCUAUUGCAGUUCAAGUCAAAGUUUCCACGGGAAGUUUUACUUUGCAGGGUUGGUGAUUUUUAUGAAGCAGUAGGCUUUGAUGCAUGUGUACUCGUGGAGCAUGCUGGAUUGAAUCCUUGUGGGGGUUUACGAACUGAUAGUGUCCCAAAAGCUGGCUGUCCUGUUGUGAAUUUACGGCAGACUCUGGACGACCUUACUCGUAGCGGGUUUUCUGUUUGUAUAGUUGAGGAAGUUCAAGGUCCAACUCAAGCUCGUUCUCGUAAAGGUCGUUUUGUAUCAGGGCAUGCACAUCCUGGGAAUCCCUAUGUAUUUGGCCUUGCUGGAGGUGAUCUUGAUGUUGAUUUCCCUGAUCCAAUGCCUGUAAUAGGUAUAUCUCGCUCUGCUAAAGGAUAUUGUCUAAUUACUGCACUGGAGACAAUGAAAACAUUUUCAGCUGAGGAAGGACUGACUGAAGAGGCCGUAGUUACCAAACUUCGUACUGUUCGUUACCAUUACUUAUUUCUGCAUGAUUCUCUGCGUCACAAUCCUUCAGGAACAACUCGUUGGGGAGAGUUUGGAGAAGGUGGAUUGUUGUGGGGGGAGUGUAACGGUAAACAGUUUGAAUGGUUUGGUGGCUCACCUGUCCCUGAGUUGUUGUGUAAGGUAAGGGAGCUGUAUGCUCUUGACCCCGAGGAAAGUUUUCGGAAUGUUACACCUACUUUGGAGAAUCGUCCUCGGCCUUUAUACUUUGGCGCGGCUACUCAAGUUGGUGUCUUACCUACAGAAGGGAUACCCAGCUUACUCAAUGUUUUGUUUCCUUCUGGUUGUGUUGGGCUUGCUGUGGCGUACAUAAGAGGUCUUCUUCUUAAUCCUCCCACCUAUGAUAUUGCUUCAGCAAUUCAAGCAAUAUGCAAGCAUAUGUGCAGUGUCACUUGUUCAAUCCCAGAUUUCACUUGCACAUCGGCUGCAAAGCUUGUAAAGCUUCUUGAAGCAAAGGAGGCAAAUCAUAUUGAAUUUUGCCGAAUAAAAGAUGUUGUGGAUGAUAUUGUGCAGUUGUACGGAAACCCUGAGCUUUAUCCAGUCCUAGAAAAAUUAACUGAGCCUACCUGCUCAGUCACUGGUUUAACUAUAGAUCUUGAGAUGCUGGUACAUGAAUGCAGAUCAAUAUCCCAAAGGAUAGCUGAUAUUAUCUUUCUGGACGGAGAUAGAGAUCAGUCUAUAAGCUCCUUCCCUUGUAUCCCAGAUGAAUUUUUCAUUGACAUGGAAUCCUUAUGGAAAGGCCGUGUUAAGAGGAUCCAUGCUGAAGAUGCUUUUGUGGAAGUUGAGAGGGCUGCAGAAGCCUUGUCUUUGGCUGUCACAGAAGAUUUCUAUCCGAUUGUUCUAAGGGUGAAAGCCAUCAUGUCCCCACUUGGGGGCCCAAGGGGAGAAAUAUCAUAUUCUAAAGAAAAUGAAGCCAUAUGGUUUAAAGGAAAACGCUUUGCACCAACAGUAUGGGGCGAUACUCCUGGUGAAGAACAGAUAAGGCAGCUUGUACCUGCCUCCGAUUCAAAGGGGAAAAAGGUUGGGGAAGAUUGGUUUACUACUAAAAAGGUUGAAAAAGCAUUAAGAAGGUAUGAUGAGGCCAAUGAUCGAGCAAAGUUGGCAGUCAUGGAUGUUUUAAGAGGCCUUUCUGGUGAGCUGCAGUCCAAAAUUAACAUUCUGGUGUACGCCUCAACUUUACUGGUGAUAGCAAAGGCCUUAUUUUGUCAUGUAAGUGAAGGUAGAAGAAAGAAAUGGGUCUUUCCAACUCUUCGGGAGUUCCGCAGCCCUAAGGAAAAAGAACUACAAAAUGAUCCAGUGAAAAUGGAACUUAUUGGUUUGUCGCCAUUUUGGUUCAACAUUGCACAAGGCAAUGCGAUAACAAACUCUAUAGAAAUGCAUUCAUUGGUUCUUUUGACUGGACCAAAUGGUGGUGGUAAAUCAAGCUUACUUCGAUCAAUAUGUGCAGCAGCUUUACUUGGUGUAUGUGGUUUGAUGGUGCCUGCAGAAUCAGCUGUUAUUCCGCAUUUUGAUUCUAUUAUGCUUCACAUGAAAUCUUAUGACAGUCCUGCUGAUGGGAAGAGCUCUUUUCAGAUGGAGAUGUCAGAGUUGCGGUCAAUACUUAAUGCAGCAACCUCAAGAAGCCUUGUGCUUGUGGAUGAAAUCUGUAGGGGGACAGAGAUGGCAAAAGGGACUUGUAUUGCUGCUAGCAUUGUAGAAUCUCUUGAUGGAGUUGGUUGCCUUGGAAUCGUUUCAACUCAUUUGCAUGGAUUGUUUGAUUUGCCUUUGAGGACAAGAUAUACUAUACACAAAGCUAUGGGAACUGAGGUCAUGGAUGGCCAGCUGAAACCAACAUGGAAACUGACCGAUGGAAUUUGUACAGAAAGCCUUGCAUUUGAGACAGCUCGCAAUGAAGGGGUUCCUGACUAUGUUGUUAGCAGAGCUGAGGAAAUUUAUCUGAGAAAUUGGAAAGAAAAGAUUAAAGUUGAAGGAAUGCUCCGUUCCUCUUCUAUUAUAAAGUCCGAUCAAAGACAUGUGUCUGUGAGUGCUAAUUCUGUCUCCAUUCCCUCAGAAUAUUUAUCAUCUAAUUCGGCAGUUACACUCUCAAAAGAACAAUCUGAAGCAACAGUUGGAGACAAAGAUGACACAGUGACAUCUUCUUUGGCGAUGGCCUAUGAAACUGAUUCUUCUACAACAUCAACAUCAGAAUUAUCAGGCAUGGUCUUUGAUGCUAUAGAAUCAUUUUCUUCAGUAACAGGCAGAACCAUUACAGCAAAAUCUGAGAGAUUAAUACAGCAUAUUGUGCUUAUGAUAAGCAUGAUUUGUCAAAAGAAGUUGAUUGAGCUUUACAAGCAGAAGUGCUUGUCGGUGCUUCUGGAAGUUGAUUGCCAACUAAUUGGUGCUAAGGAACAACCUCCACCUUCAACAGUGGGCACUUCAAGUGUGUAUGCAGUAAUAAGGCCUGACCAGAAGAUCUACAUUGGGCAGACAGAUGAUCUUGCGGGUCGAGUCCGUGCUCACCGUUGCAAGGCAGAUAUGCAAGGUGCACUAAUUGUUUACAUUGUUGUCCCGGGAAAGAGUUUGGCGAGCCAACUUGAAACGCUUCUUAUCAACCAACUUCCACUUAAGGGAUUUCAACUUACCAACAAGGCUGAUGGCAAACAUCGCAACUUUGGUACUGCAGGCCUUGGUUUAGAGACACUAUCAACGUGUUAGUGAGCCAAUGAUUAGCAAGUUCCAGUUCAUUUAGAAGCUUUUUGAUUUUGUUCUGUAGGCAGUUUUAUAGCUUCUAGCAUUAUGUGAUGCAUAGCAAGUUAUGUGUAAGCGGAAGCGCUUCCCACCGUGUAUCAAGGUGUGGAUCGCCAAUUUUGUAAAUUCCUUCGGUUGUCUGCUUAUUAUUCCAUCGUCCCUGUAAGCUAAAAUUAUUCUUGUAUUUUCCUAGCUCGACAGGUGGUUGUUGUCCAGAACAUCUUUUUCUCUUUCUUUGAAGGCGAAGAGGUGCUUUGUAGUUCUUAAUGCAAUGCUGGCCGGUUGCUAAUUA